AUGCCACAACGACUUCUUCUUCUUCGAUUUCGUGACGUUAGAAUUUUCCAUCUUUGCCAACGAAUUACUUUUUUGGAGAAUUGGCGUGUGAAGAAAUUUCGGACUCUGGACUGGUGCAGGGUAAUAGAAGGUUUCGUUGGGAUUAAUGUUAGCUGGAAUGGUGUUAAUUUAUAUUUGGUGAAUGUUUACUCCUCUUGGUUUCUUCGUAACAAAUGUUUGUUGUGGGAAGGUAUUUUAGAUUGUAAAUAUAAGUUUGUUAGGGGAGAGUGGUGCAUAACGGGCGAUUUCAAUGCGGUGAAGAAGAUCAUUGGUCUGGUUGUUGGGGAUAAAGAUCUUUCUGACCAUUAUCAUAUUUGGAUAAAGAGAGGAUGUGUUGAUUGGGGUCCUAAGUCGUUCAAAUUUUUCAAUGGUUGGACGAAACAUGUUGACUUUUUCCCCUUUGUUGAUAAAUGUUGGAAUGAUAUGAGGUUUGAUGGUAAUGAUUCUUUUGUGCUUAAGGAGAAAUUGAGAUUGCUUCGGAGUCAUUUGAGAAAAUGUAAUUACGAAGUCUUUGGUCAUCUUAAUUGGGUGGUGGAUGAAGCAGUUAAAUAUCUUAAUACCUUGGACUUUAAAGAGGUUUGUGAUAGUAUGGUGGAUGUUGAGGCCUUGGUUUCUAAAUGGUAUUUGGCUUCUAAGAAGGUUUGGAGUUCUAUUGGGGAGAAAGAGAGUUUUCUUUGUCAAAAGGCGGGGUUUCGUUGGCUUAAGGAGGAUGAUUCUAACUCCAGAUUCUUUCAUAGAUUCAUGAAGCAACGAUUUAGAAGGAAUUCGAUUUUAGGGAUUAAUUUCACCAAUGGGUGGAUUGAUAAUAUGGUCGAGGUGAAAAGUGGUUUUAUGAAUCAUUUCCAACAUCGAUUUAGGGAGUCAUGUUUAAUAAGAGUCCGGGUGUCGGAUGGAUUCAAUAUGGGGUUCAAUAUGGCGAUGGUGAUUAGAGAAGCCAUCUUCAGUGAAGGUCCUUGA